CUCCCCCACCACAUCGGUUUCGCGCAUUCGACGCUUGAUCUGAACAUUAGCCAUCAUGUCUGACAAGCUUACCCGUGUUGCUAUUGUCAACAGUGACAAAGUGAGUUUCCUAUACCCCGCGGCAUACGCUGCCAACAACCAUGUGUCGACGCUCCAACGUAUACUGAGACAUCUCGCUUCGCUGGUAAUAGUGCAAACCCAAGAAAUGUCGCCAGGAAUGUAAGAAGUCUUGCCCCGUCGUCCGUACGGGUAAGCUGUGUAUCGAGGUCACUCCCGAGUCCAAGAUUGC